UCUCGUCUCCCCGAGCCAUCACGCCAAGACGUACUCCCUCCUUCCAUUGUUACACGCGUUCACAAACGGCCAGCGAGACGACGUCGUCGAUCGGCGAAGCUAGGGUGGGUGCGCUGCGCGCGUGGCGCCGCCGCGAGAGACGAUCAGGCCGGGGGAGCAAUGUACCAGGCGAUCCCGUACAGCAGCACCCGGCCGUGGCUCAGGCCGGAGCCGGCGGCGAGCGUGGUCGACGUCGUGAAGGUGGAGACGACGACGGCCGUCGCGGGUCGGGGCGGUGAGGCGGAGGUCGUGGGGGAGGAGGAGGCGGCGGAGGUGCGGAGGGCGGUGGCGGAGAGCCCGGUGCUGGUGGUGGGGAGGCGCGGGUGCUGCCUCAUCCACGUGGUGAAGCGGCUGCUGCAGGGGCUCGGGGUCAACCCGGCCGUGCACGAGGUCGCCGGCGAGGCCGCGCUCAAGGGGGUUGUGCCGGCCGGUGGGGAGGCCGCGGCGCUCCCCGCCGUGUUCGUCGGGGGGAAGCUCCUCGGCGGGCUCGACCGCCUCAUGGCCGUCCACAUCUCCGGCGAGCUCGUGCCCAUCCUCAAGAAGGCCGGUGCCCUCUGGCUUUAAAUCACCAUCAUCUUCCUUCUCUCCUUCCAAUUUUUUUCUUCCUUUCUUCACAACAUCGUGCCAUCGUGGUUCAAUCCUGGCCGUUGGAUUCGGUUUUACAUCGCGGCGGAUUUCCUCUAGGAUAUUUUUCCUCCUCCUUUUCCGUAGGGUGUGCUAAGCUUUGAGAAAAAGAACCAGAGAGAGCUAAAGCUAAUGUUGCUAGUUAAUAGUAGUAAUUCAUUUAGCAAAAUAUAUCUUCGUGCGUGCGUACGUGAUGAUGAGUAUUUUACUCCCCACCAUGUGAAUACGGAGCGAGAGAGGAAGAGGGACAGUGACAUUUGCCACAUCUGUACAGUUUUGCAUUUCUGAAUUAAUUAAUGAGAAUGAGACGUUCAUUUUGCCCCCA